AUUACAUAAAAUUUUCCGUGGAGGGGGCUAAUAUAUGCGAAGCUGUAUUAAUCACCCAGGCAGACAACAUACCAGUCAUGGCAUGUAAUGACCUGUUUGUGCUUCCACAGAUCGCCUUCUAAUCCAAAAGUAGGACUGAAAAUGGAGCCCUUCCAUGGCAAAGCCUCUACACACCAAACACCCCCGCGUUUCCAGAUGUCCCUCUAUGUUCGCAGCGCAACCUUCUACCUGAAAACAUCUCGGAUUCCCAGGCACUGACUACAGCUGCCAGGAGCGAGCCCCCCGCCCCCCAAGUAUUGUCCCUCUCUCCCUCCCUCCUAUAGGCUGGCGGAGGUGCCCAAACCCGCAUCUCCUGACUCCGCUGUCUCCUCCUCAGCAGCGAUUCCGUGCGGCGGGAAGAAGCCCGGUGACAACAAUCCCAAGCAGCGGCGGCGGCAGCGUGGAUGAAGCGGCGGGGCCGCCUGGCUGGGAUUACAGGAGGAAAGGGGGAGCGUGUCCCUUCCCGCCUCUCCCGUCCGGCGAGCUGCGGGGCGCGUGCCGUGGGGGGGCGAGCGCCAGCGGCUGCCGGCUUCAGGGGAAUGCGGCACUAGCAUCUCCCCCAGACCUCGGAGGCACCACCGCGGCAGCGCGUCCCUCCUCCGCCGCCCGGCCUCCGGAGGGGGCUUCUCUCCUCAGCCUUCCCUUUCGCGGUGCCUCAACUCCGCUAUGGUGGCUGCCGCCUUCCGCACGCCGGAGCGGGGCUGCGCGGGCCGGCUGCGGUGCUGAGUGCAAGGGGAGGCAGGUCCCCUCUGGCCGCUGCGGGCUGGGGGCUCUCUCCGCGCCUUGCCGCGGCCGGCUGCGGCGGGCGGACCGGGGGAGGAGGAAGCGCCAUUGCCAGGAGGAUUAUUGCCGGGGGUGCCGGUGCCGAGCGGGCAGCAGAGCCCGGCGUUGCCCGCGCCCAUCCCCGCCGCCCUUUGCCUGGCCGGGGGAAGCGGCCACCCAGCGAUGCGCCCAGCGUGAGGGAGCCCGCGCCCUCGCCGCCGCCCGCAGCAUGCCGCCCUCCCCGAAGAGACCCCGCGCGGCCGCGGCCGCCGCCUGCCCUGCCAUGCUGCUGCUGCUCCUGUGCUUGGGCUGGGCGCGGGGGCACUCCCGGGGGGCGGCCGGGCUGCUCCCCAACGCCACCACGCCGAUCUCCAUCAUGGGCUUGAUGCCGCUCAGCCAGUCGGAGGAGGACCAGAAGAGCAAGAUCGGCCGGGGCGUGCUGCCCGCCGUGCAGCUGGCCAUGGAUCAGAUCCGCAACGAGUCCCUGCUCAACCCCUACUCGCUGGACCUCCGGCUCUAUGACACCGAGUGUGACAAUGCAAAAGGACUUAAAGCCUUCUAUGAUGCAAUAAAAUAUGGACCUAAUCAUCUGAUGGUUUUUGGUGGAGUAUGUGCAACAGUCACUUCUAUCAUUGCUGAAUCCCUAAAAGGAUGGAAUUUGGUUCAGCUUUCAUUUGCAGCAACAACCCCAGAGUUAGCUGAUAAGAAAAAAUAUCCUUAUUUCUUCCGGACAGUGCCAUCUGAUAAUGCAGUGAAUCCUGCGAUUUUGAAGUUACUCAAAUAUUAUCAAUGGAAGAGGGUGGGAACUCUAACCCAGGAUGUACAAAGAUUCUCUGAGGUGAGGAACGAUCUGACUGGUGUUCUGUAUGGUGAAGACAUCGAAAUUUCAGAUACUGAGAGUUUCUCCAAUGAUCCCUGCACCAAUGUCAAAAAGCUCAAGGGUAAUGAUGUUCGGAUAAUCCUUGGCCAGUUUGAUGAGCAAAUGGCAGCAAAAGUGUUCUGUUGUGCUUAUGAUGAGGAGAUGUAUGGCAGUAAAUAUCAAUGGAUCAUUCCUGGGUGGUAUGAAAGUUCAUGGUGGGAAUCUUGGAUUAAUUCUUCACAGUGUCUCAGCAAAAACCUUCUUACUGCCAUGGAAGGUUACAUUGGAGUGGAUUUUGAACCUCUCAGUUCAAAAGUGAUAAAGACCAUAUCAGGACGGACGCCACAGCAAUAUGAAAAGGAGUAUAAUGACAAACGGGGAGAUGGACAGUCCAGUAAAUUUCAUGGUUAUGCCUACGAUGGAAUAUGGGUGAUUGCCAAAACACUGCAGCGGGCAAUGAAAUAUCUCAACACUACAAACAAACACCAAAAAAUUGAGGAUUUUAACUACACAAACCACAAACUUGGCAAAAUAUUUCUGGAUGCUAUGAAUGAAACCAACUUCUUUGGUGUAACGGGUCAAGUUGUAUUCAGAAAUGGAGAGAGAAUGGGAACCAUCAAAUUUACACAGUUUCAAGAUAGAAAGGAAGUGAAGGUGGGAGAGUAUAAUGCUGUAGCUGAUACACUGGAAAUAAUCAACAACACCAUCAGGUUCCAAGGAUUGGAGCCUCCAAAGGACAAAACAAUUAUACAAGAACAGCUGCGUAAGAUCUCCUUGCCUCUCUAUAGUAUUCUUUCAGCACUCACUAUCCUAGGAAUGAUCAUGGCCAGUGCUUUUUUGUUCUUUAACAUCAAAAACAGAAAUCAGAAGCUAAUAAAGAUGUCCAGUCCCUACAUGAACAACCUUAUUAUCCUUGGGGGGAUGCUUUCCUAUGCAUCUAUUUUUCUUUUUGGCCUUGAUGGAUCCUUUGUCUCUGAAAAGACAUUUGAGACACUUUGCACAGUCCGGACGUGGAUUCUUACAGUGGGCUACACAACUGCAUUUGGAGCAAUGUUUGCAAAAACCUGGAGAGUUCAUGCAAUUUUCAAAAAUGUAAAAAUGAAGAAAAAGAUCAUUAAGGACCAGAAGCUGAUGGUGAUAGUUGGAGGGAUGCUGCUGAUUGAUCUUUGCAUCUUGAUUUGCUGGCAGGUUGUGGACCCCUUGAGAAGGACAGUGGAAAAGUACAACAUGGAGGUAUGUCACUAAGUAUCAAUAUCUAUA